AUGAAAAAUGCUAUCGCACCAAAGGCAGCCAUGUCUUCUAGUGCUACUUCCGGCUCGUCACGAAGCAAUAAACGCCAGCAGCAGAUUUACAGUCCCGGUAGUGGACCGUUACGGAAAACCGAGCCCACAUCUAGCAACCGAACGAACAAUCAAGACCAACCAGAUGAGCUGCCCGUGUCCUCGCGCUGGACAAACGAAGGGUCCGAUGAUGUAGCGGGCGGGUCAAAUCGGGACAGGCCCACCGGUGAGAUGGACUCAAGCGUAUCUGGUGCUCGGCCUGGCGGUAGCGGUAAUUGGCGCUUCGAGGGACAACCAAGCCAAGCUAACAAUCAUUCGCCACGUGAGGAAAUCAAUCCGAGGCCCUUUUCAGCUAGCAACGCUCCGAUCAACAAUCGAACUGACCGAAUGCAGCGCGAUUCGCGUAGCGUUGAGCCCCGUUUUGUUAGCAGCUCGAAAAAAUCGUCGAUACCCUCGCUGGCCCAUCUGGAGAAUUUGGCACCUAGAUUGCAGAAGAAAACCCUGCAAGAUCUCGGCCUGCCGCUGAACUAUCUCGAGCUAAAGCGAGCGGAAUACCAGGCGAUGUCUCAGACGCUGCCGAAUCGUCACAGCUCACGACAAAAUCGUGGCCGAGUCCGUUAUCCGGGCGGUGGGCCUGUCGGUGGAAAUAGUGCCUCUUACUCAAAUACGUACAGUGCUGGACGGUCCGUCCAGCACUGCUGGACAGAAUACUAUCCCCGUCCCAGAAGCCGUUCGUCGGAAGUUGAUACGGCACCGGAGCAAGGAUACGCCCCAAAGAGGGGACAGAACAAUAGGGACCGAAGACUGGACACUGGCUCGAGCAGUAGAAAUUCAAGCUGUGAACGAAAAGACCGCACAAGAGGAUAUGGCGGUGAUUCAAAUAGGAUUGGGACUCGCUACAGACAGUACUCGACUGACAGUAGCUUGGCACUGCAGGAUAGGCUCAGCAUCGAAGAACUCAGCGUCGCGGCUAAUGAUUCCGUUCUGCAGUCGAAGUCCACCCGGCGAAAUGAUUCAUCGGGCUGGGUGGAAGAUGAAGGAUUGGAUUGGAGUUCAACAGCCGAAUACAGCACCGGUAGACGGUGGCAGGGAAAUGUAGAUAUGGAACUAGCACCGCCACCAUCUGGUAAACCAAUACCAUCCGGUAAUAGUUAUCGGCCCAGGCAAAGGAAUCGAAGUAACUCUCGAUCAAGAACUGAUUAUUACGACGAUUUUAAAUUGUCGUAUCCAUCGCAGCGCGGACUGAACCGAAGCCGACGAAAUUCUCAAUCAUCCAGCGUUAGCCAUGAAAAUAGCUCCGAGUGUGUCUAUUCGCUUGGUGGUGGUGGUGGUGGUGGUGGUAAUCGGCGAGGACAUUACCGUGAUGCUAGCAGCGACCGCAACUAUGAUACGAGCGGGCGCUUUCGCCGAAAUUCUUCGCGCGAUCGAUAUGCCAACCGCAGCCGCGAUAGCAGUUUAAAGCGCGAAGACCGACAACGCGAUGAAGGCGAUAAUUGGCGCUGUACGAAUGUAAACGGGAAGCGAUCCUCGAUUGAUAAAACUGACCAGGCGAUAGCGGAAAUGACAAAACAGUUCGAAAGCUCAAUCGGCAUCCAGAAGGCGCCCGGUGUAUUAGUCAUCCCCGCCAGACUGCCGUCGAAUAAUCCAGAUGCCCCGGAUCCGAACACUAGCGGUAGCCGGGUGGCAACGAAACUGCUGUACGAUCCGAAAAACCCAUCGCAACCGAUUGUCGUGACAAGCACGGCAGCUAGACCACAGCCGCGCGAAAGCUUUAGGCGUGUUGAGCCGAGCGGCACGUUUAGUUACAACCACAAAACAUCGGGCGGUCCGGCCUGGUACGAUCCAGGUGCACAGCAGGCAAAGUUAUUGCGCCACAAGGAGCUAGUCUAUCAGGUGGCGGAUGCGCACGGGCAGCUGCACGAGCUUAUUGAGGGUGGCAACCUGUUCAACGAAUGGGAGCAGUACACGCUCAUUCGGCACCGGUUGCAAAAGCUGCUAGAAACGUUCUUGCUCAAAGACAUGCGGUUCGCGCAGGAUGUAAAUUUGGAGCAUCAUUUCUGGAAGCUGCUGUUUUACGGUAUCAUUGAGCAGCUGCGCAAACUGCUGAUUGAAACACAGGACGAGCAGCGGAAGCGUUUCCUGCAGGAACGUGCGCUCGAGGUAGUGGAAGGUGGUACGCAAUGCUUUGAACAUCUCUUGCAACUGCUCGAGCAAGAGUAUCGCUUCAAACUGGACCAUUUUAUCGGUGCAAAUGCUGCGUCCAGUGUGAAAGGGUUACGCUACGCACUGGCGCUCGUGUCGGCGCAGAAACUGUUCAUACAUUUGGGCGAUCUAGCCAGGUACCGGGAACAGAUUACGGAAGGUCACAACUUCCGCAAGGCUAAGCAGUGGUACGUCAAAGCGCAGCAAAUCCUGCCGAAAAAUGGAAUGCCGUACAAUCAGCUGGCGUUGCUAUCGGUGUACGAGAAGCGUAAAAUUGAUGCUGUGUACUUCUAUAUGCGCAGCCUGAUGUCGUCGAAUCCGAUCGAAUCGGCGCGGGAGAGUCUAAUGGAUUUGUUCAACGAAACGAAGAAAAAGUACGAAAACAACCAACGAAAGCGGGAAGAAAAAUUACGUGCCAAACGCAAGGUAAAGGAGCAAUGCUUUGACGGCAAUUUGCGACGCGAAAUCUGGAUCCACCCGGACGGUGGGUCGCGUUUGCAUCGAACCGGACCGCUUCUUCCGAUUGGCCUUGGCAAUUCUUGUGAUACGAGCGAUGAGGAGGAACUGCACAAUCUUGGCUCUAUCGAGCUGAACAAGCGAUUCAUUACCAGCUUUUUGCAUGUGCUGGGCAAAUUGAUCACAAAAACAGGGAUGGAAUCGUUUACGCAGUGCUGUUACCAGAUGCUGCGUGAGUUUCGAGCGUUGAUGCAGUACUCUCCGAUCGCUGUGACCAGCCAAAGACUGUUGCAGCUAAUGUCGCUCAACAUGUUUGCGAUCGAGAUGACAAAACUAAAAGAUACAUCCAGCAAAAAAGCAACAAGGUCCGAGCUGCAGGAGUGUGCACUCGCAUCCGGUUUGCUGAUGUUUGGCAUUCUGCUCGAGCGACUAAUACGACUGAUACAGGAAGCACUGGACGCAAGCAAUGACAGCGCGAAUGGAGCGCAAAACGUAGUGACCGGUGCGGAGGAAAUACCGAAACUUAUCCUGCCUGAGGACGCCAAAGUGAUACUACCAGCUAUAAAGGUUUGGUCCGAUUGGAUGAUGUCCAAUGCGGAAACCUGGAAUCCACCUCCAUGCUGUGCCGAGUACAAGAUGAGCAAAUCGACGGCCCACGAUCCGUGGUCCGAACUGGCGGUGCUGAUGAACAUGCUCAAGAGUUUGGAUACGAACCGGAGCAUACUGUCGGUAGAGCAAAAGGACGGGUACGAAACAGUGCGACUUCCCGAGGAUAUUAUCCUUGCCGGUUUCACACCGCUCAUGUACUACGAACCGGAGCCAAUUUUUGUGCACCCCGAGUGCGACAUGGAAGAGGCACAAAAUGUGCUACGUAUUCAGAAGUUGCUAUACUUUGGCACUGAUCGUCUAUGCAACUGUGAUCCACCGGUGCUACGCGGGGCAACGGACAAUGGUGCCAAGUUUUACAGCGUUGUAGAGAGUCGAAUAGAAGCGCUGGGCGAUAUGGAUAUGCUGGUGGAGAGCUUUAGCGACGGUGAAGCUGCACCGGCACCGGACGACGAGCACGGUUCGAAGCAGCUCGAUGCUGAAGGAUGGGCAACACCUUCCACCGAGAGUGACGUACGAAGCGGUGGCAGUAGCAACAGUCCCAGCAGCAUCGAAACGCGUAAGCUGUUGCGCCUGAAGGACGAGCUCGAGCGCAAGCAACGCAUGCAGGAAAAACAUAACCAACGGGUGCAGGACAUACUUUCGCAAAGCACGAUCGCAGUCACUAUCGAGGUCCGGCCCCGGUGUCUAGUACCGGACACGAACUGCUUUGUCGAUUACCUGCCCGCCAUCGAGAUGAUCGCCAAAGCGCAUCCACUGUACCAGCUUAUGGUACCAAUCAUUGUGAUUAACGAGCUCGAGGGUCUUUCGAAGGGCGUAAGGCACCUGGUGCCAAAACAACAGCCAUCAGCUGUCAACGAACUGCUGUCACCGGCGUCCAAAACGUUUGCGGUGCCAACUGGCCCGCCGAGUGGUAUGGAUGUGUCCCUCCCUUCCCUGCAGCACGCUGCCAAGGUUGCGGAACUGUCCAAAAAAGCUUUACAUUUCAUCAAGUCACGCAAUGCUGCGCUCAAAUGCGUUACGACGAAGGGAUCAAUACUGAAAACGUCCAACUUCACGGUGGAGGAUGAUGACGGCGACCUCAAGUCCAACGACGAUCGCAUACUGGAAACGGCCCUCAAUCUCUGCCGCCACAGUGUGAAAGAAAAGCAGGUCGGAACUCGCUACUUAACAGUCGACGUCGUGCUGCUAACGACCGAUCGAAACCUGCGCGUUAAAGCCAUAUCGAACGAUCUGCCCGUACGAGAGCUGCCAGACUUUAUCAAGUGGGCAGGACUGAGCGCUUAACGAAUUGU